UAGCAUUACGACGAGCAGAUUGUUCACAGGCAUGUCCCUCAGCAAGAGCCCAGUACAAAGAGUUGGAAAGAGCGUAUUCUCGGAGGUUUCCAAGAGUUUCAUCCUCAAUCUCGAAAGCGGAAAAGUUGGCUGUUUUUAUGGUUAGCUUGGAGCUUGUACAUCUAUUUUCGGGAACAUACGGGAGUUGGCAAUGGCCUCUUCCGAGAAAGCCUCAAUUGGAGUGGCCUCGUAACUGGUGGCAUUGAUAAACUUGUUGUAAACGAUCUGAAUUGAAGCGUAGUCCGUUGGCAACAGGGAGAUUUGGUCUGCGAUUGCUUGAGCAUCGGCAAAAGUUGGGAUAUCCUUUCCAAGACCAGCAAAGUUCAACACAAUGUUCCUGCCGUUUGAUCUGCUCAAUUGAGCUUUGCACUUCUCUCCGAGAACCACAAUAUCUGCAUCCGGCUUCUCGAGAAGCAUUCUACGGACCUGCUUAGACAUUCCGGAGUGAAUACCACCACAAAGACCCUUGUCGGAGCUUGCGACCACAAUCAAGGUCUUCUUGUUCUCCCCUUCCAAAGCCUUGGUCUCCGCAUUAUCGAAAACGGUGUUGGAGGUUUGACCGUAUUGUCGGGAGCUGGUCAUAGCACGUUGGGCACGGGUAAGCUUGGUUGAAGCGACAAUCUUCAUGGUGUUGGUAAUCUUCUCGAUAUUUCGAAUUGACUUCAAUCGGUCCUCGAUUUCACGGAGGGUCGCGAAGUUGGCGGCAUUUGGGGCGACGCGUCUGCCAUUAAACGGUAUUAGCUUUCCAUCAUCAAUUUUCUCUGGCGACCUCGGGCUUCCACGAAGCUUCGUCUGCUCCGUCAACACCCGCAUAUUCAUUCGUCCAAAGUCCUUACCGGGUAGCCACCGUGGCGCCAGCUCUCAAAGCCGGUCUGGCAGCUCUUGAAAGCAUUUUACGGAGAAGGAGGGGAAUUAUCGAGGGUGUGAAUAGGAAUCCUCAAUUGACCGCGGUUGAGGUUGUUGCUCAAUUGAUGCUGCUGGGUAGUGACUGAGGAUUCGUACGUUGGAGGGUUGAAAGGCUUCGCAGUAGACCUGAUGGCCUGAGGCACCGACUGUGAAUAGUAGUAGAAGAGUGGCACCAAGUGGACACUGAAAAGGUCGGUUGCUGGGAUCGCAUAGAGGCUGGAGCAAGCUGACAGUACCUAAAGCUUAAGGCUUGGCAAACUACGGCCCAGUCAGUCUGUCGCAUACAGCACAGCGGGCCAGCUGUAAGUACCUACCUACCAAGCACCAAGUACCUCGCUAGGUAGUCGCAACGAACCCUUUUUCAAGUAAGGACGGUACUGUACCGACACUAAAACCUCUCUGCCUGUCUCUCUACCUUCUACUUUCUGACUUUUUUCCAAACUCCCUAUGCAUGGUCGGCUCACGACUACUGUCACGACUACCACUCCUGCAACUAUUGCCACGACCUUCUCCAAUCCACCAAUUUUCGCUGUGCUCAUCAACUCUACGCGCUCAGAGGCAGGUUGCAAACCUCUUCGCGAUUGACUUCGCGUGGACCCCGAUCAUUUAUUGACAACUUCUACCCUCAGCUCCUGGCACCGAUCCACCCCCCAGAGAGCCACGGCUCAACGAUCUCACCCACCCCCAUUCCCCUUCAAACCCUUCAAAAUCUUCAAGUUUAAGAUGGCUUCCGACUCUGAUGACGAUAUGCCUCUGGCGAGAACGAAUGGACGAGGUAUGAUUUCCCCGUUGCAACUACCCUUUGCGCAAAGGUGAGGCUUGACAGCCUAAAUUACUCUUCUCGAUCUGACGGUCUUCCUUCACCAUUGCUGCGAAUACUCGAUUUCUCCUUCUCACCUUUGGGUGUCUAUUUCUUCACCAUGCUUCCUCGAGGUCCUGACAGUUCUACCUAGUUUCUAACGCUCACAUCUCCAAGUCCGUCGACAAAGCCAUGGACGAGUCUAACGGUUCCAAGCCAGCCCCUGCGGGUAUCUCGAUUCGAAAUGGCCCAAUUGUCGACGAGAUGGACGUGGAUGAACCAGCAACAAAUGGGCAUGCGAAGCGCAAGUCGAGAGGUAGCACAUCCAAGCCCGUAAAUUACAAUCAGCAAGGCUCCGAAAGUGAGGAUGACGAUAUACCAUUGGUAUGCGAUACAACCACGCCACUUUCAUCUAUUGAAGCUGGAAACCCCACGAAUACGGUACUGACGAAUUGUAGGCAAAACGUCAAAGAACAACUACCAAAGUUGAGGAAUCGGACUCGGAUGAUGAGCCAUUGGCAACCAAGAAGCAGCCAGGCAAAUUACCCCCCAAAAACACUGCUAUCUUGGGCGAAUCAAGUGACGAUGACGAACCUCUGAAUGCUAAGCUUGCGAAGAAAAAGGCUACGAUCGAAAAGAAGGCCGCCAAAGAAGCCAAGACGAUUCGGGCCAAGGACAAGAAGCCAGCAAAGAAGGUCAAGGAUGAAUCCUCAGAGGAGGACGUCAAGCCUAAGGCCAAACGCAAGGCAAAUGGCACCACAACUGCGAAGAAGGCGAAUGGAGUGAAGAAGGAAGAAUCGGACUCCGACGCCCCACUCGCCAAAAAAGGAGCAGCAGCAAAAGGCAAGGGAAAGGCUGCGACAAAUGGCAAAGUCAAGGUAGAAGCUUCUCCCAAGAAAGGUGCUAAAAAGGGCGAAAGUGAGGAGGCUGAGGAAGUUUACCGUUGGUGGGAUGCGCCAAAGAAGGAGGAUGACAGCAUUAAGUGGGAAACUUUGCAGCAUAAUGGUGUUGUUUUUCCACCAGAGUACGAGCCACUUCCAAAAAAUGUCAAGCUGCUCUACGCUGGCACCCCGCUCACUCUCUCCAUCGAAGCCGAAGAAGUUGCUGGAUUUUUUGGAGCCAUGUUGAACUCAACACACAACGUUGAAAAUCCCACAUUUCAAAAGAACUUUUUUGCAGAUUUGAAAGAAAUCGUCAAGAAGACUGGUGGCGCCAAGGACAAGGAUGGUAAUAAAGUCGACCUCAAGGACUUUUCCAAGCUUGAUUUCAAGCCCAUCUUCAAUUAUUACGACGCCAAGAACCAGGAAAAGAAGGCCAGAUCAAGCGCAGAGAAGAAAGCCGACAAGGCGGCCAAAGACGAAAUGGAAGCUCCUUAUGUUCAUUGCAUUUGGGAUGGUCGCAAAGAGCAGGUGGGUAACUUUAGAGUUGAACCUCCUGGACUUUUCCGAGGUCGUGGAGAGCAUCCAAAAACCGGCAAGGUCAAGCAGAGAGUUCUUCCUGAGCAGAUCACCAUCAAUAUUGGCAAAGAAGCUAUUCCUCCUGCUCCACCAGAGGGCCAUAAAUGGAAGGCAAUCCAACAUGACAACAAAGCAACUUGGCUUGUUAUGUGGCAGGAGAAUAUCAACGGCGCAUACAAAUAUGUCAUGCUUGCGGCGAAAAGUAGUAUCAAAGGCCAGAGUGAUUACAAAAAGUUCGAGAAGGCCAGACAACUCAAGGAGCACAUUGACCGUAUCCGGAAGGACUAUGAACGAGAUUUGAAGGCAGAACUGAUGGUGAUUUUAUUUCCCUAUUUGUCUCUACCUAGCUAACCCCUUGGCAGGCCGAUCGUCAACGAGCAACAGCUGUCUACUUGAUUGAUAAAUUCGCACUUCGUGCCGGUAAUGAAAAGGACUCUGAGAAUGAGGCUGAGACCGUUGGAUGCUGUUCUUUGAAGUUUGAGCAUGUUACUCUUAAACCCCCGAAUACUGUUGUCUUUGAUUUCCUCGGAAAGGAUAGUAUUCGAUUCUACGAUGAGGUUACCGUUCACGAACAAGUUUUCAAGAAUUUGAAGAUCUUCAAGAAGGCCCCAAAGAAGGAGGGUGACGAUAUUUUCGAUCGCUUGAAUGUAAGCUAUUUCAAUCUUUACUUCCCGUGAAAAAGCUAACGUUUUCCAUCAGACUACUCAACUCAACAAGCAUCUUACAAAUUACAUGCCUGGUCUUAGUGCAAAGGUUUUCCGUACCUACAAUGCUUCAUUUACAAUGUCAUCCCUUUUGAAGGAGCUCCCCAAGAAGGCCAAUCUCAGCAUGCAAGAAAAGAUCAAGCUUUACAAUGAUUGUAAUCGAAAGGUUGCCAUUCUUUGUAAUCAUAAGCGUACUAUUGGUGCUGGCCAUGAGGCGCAAAUGGAGAAGAUGACAGAUCGGGUAUGUUGUAAUUUCAUAUAGUGAAGGUCUUUAUGCUAACAAAAAUAUCAGAUCAAGGGACUUCGUUAUCAAAAGUGGCGUAUCAAGCAUAUGAUUCUUGACUUGGAUCCCAAGCAAAAGAAGAAGAAGGGUGCCGAAUGGUUCGAGUAUGAAGAGGGUAUCGACGAUGAGUGGAUUGUUGAACACAUUGCUUUCCUCGUCCAAGAACAGCGCACCAAGAUCGAAAAGAAGUUUGCCAAAGAGAAUGAGAAGCUUGUCGCUGAUGGUCAAAAGGAAAUGAAGGCCAAGGAACUUACCGACAGACUUAAGGAGGCCGACGUCCUCGAAAAGAAAUUGAAAAAGGAGCAUAAAUCUAAAAAGGUCGAAGCCGAGGGCAAAGGUCCGUCUGUUGAGAAGUUUGAGGCCAAUCUUAAGAAGCUUGAUGAGCGAAUUGCGACAAUGAACCUUCAAGCAGAAGACCGAGAGGGCAACAAGGAGGUUGCUCUCGGCACGAGUAAGAUCGUAAGUGAACCACGUUCUCAAAAUGCUGAUCUAGACCACUAACGUUACCCAGAAUUAUAUUGAUCCUCGUCUCACUGUUGUCUUUUCCAAGAAGUUUGAUGUUCCGAUUGAAAAGUUCUUCUCCAAGACUCUUCGUGAAAAAUUCACCUGGGCAAUUGAAUCCAUCGAGGAUGAGGAUGACUGGGAGUUCUAAAUCGAUACCAUUCGCCUUCCGACUUCUCAAAAUUCCACACUUGGUCGAUCGCGACCCAAUCCACCAAACACUUUGUAUAAAAUAUACGCACACCAAUCAUUUCUCUUCAAGCUUUCCAAUUUCAAAUUCACCGCAUUUACACCUGGGGUAGCGGGGGAUGGGACGGCAUCAUGAAAUUAGCAUUUUCUUGUGGAGCUGGCGGCUACGGCUUUUUCAUAGGGAGCUUCUCAGAAUUGCGAGAAGAAGAGAUCUAAACUCGCAGGUGCCUAGGAUUGUUGAUUUCAUCAAUCUUGGACUUUGGCUUCUGCUGUUCUGGCGAUACUUGAGAGCUCGUUUUUCUUUGCCGCUCUUAAAACAUACAGCGAGACCAACGGCGAAUUUCAUAGAGGAAAAUUGAGCUUGAUGAAUAACUUUUUUAGUUAAAUAUUAGCUAGCUAGUAAUAGAAAUUAAAACUAUUUUUUUGAAACA